UCAACGGCCUGCCCGAGGAGGUGCUGCUCUACCUGCUGGCGCACCUGAACGUGCGCGACAGGAUCCGCGUGCGCGCCGUGUGCCGCCGCUGGAGGGAGCUGUGCCAGCUCAGCCUUCGCUCAGUGCGUCAGAUCAACCUGAACCGGUACUUCGGCCCGAUGCACCUGCAGCGGCACCCGGUGCUGACCGACCAGCGGUUCAAGCAUGUGCUGCAGCUGCUGCCGAACCUGCAAAAGCUGGAGCUGGGGCCGGCCGGCGCACGGCUCUCCCGCAACGGCAUCCUCAGCAUCGGCAAGCUGUGUCCGCAGCUGAUUGACCUGGACAUCAGCUGCCUGCGGAUGUCGUUCCGAGCUCUGGAGAACCUGUGCCGCAACUGUCCCCGGCUGCAGCGGAUCAAUGUACCGCAGCUCAACUUCAAGGAGCAGAACCUGGAGGUGCUGCUCAAGUACCUGACGGAGCUGCGCAUCCUGGAGCUGGUGUCCACCAGUGUGACGGGAGACUGCUUCAGCCUGCUGCCGGCUUCGGUGCGCAAGGUGACACUGCGCGCGUGCCCGCGCAUCCGCGAGCACAACUUCUGCCUGGUGGGCGACCGGUGCGCACAGCUGGAGGAGCUCUGCCUCAGCCAGACGCGUGUGACGUCACACGACAUCAAACACAUCGCCGCCAGGUGUCGGAACCUGCGCCACCUGGACAUCAGCGGCUGCAACCUGGUGCAGCCGGAGGAGUUCCUCGAGCUGAUGCCCAAUGUGACGUCACUGGCUGCCGGCGCCUGCCCAAACAUCAACAAGAACACGUUUCGCGCGCUGGUCAGCUACUGCACCAAGCUGGAGCGGCUGUACUUGCGAGGCGGUGCCUCGCACAACUACCAGAACGAGGUGACGGACGAGGUGCUGCGCAGCCUGGCCAACUGCGCCCGGCUCGCCACGCUGCUGCUGCGGGAGAACUACAGCGCCCGCUCGCCCUUCACCGAGAAGGGCCUGUUCGAUCUGUCGAUGACAUGUCGGUCGCUGGCUUCGCUGGACGUCAGCUGCGUGCAGUGCAUCUCGCGUCAGCUGUACGACUCGCUGGUGUCGAAGCUGCCGGCCGGGCGCCGCCUGUCGCUUAUCGUCGGCGGCACCGACCUGGAGCAGCUGUAUCUGGCCGAGCCGGACGACGACCGGGUCAAGCUCUGCCAGGGCAGUCCGGCGCCCGACUACCCGGCCGUCAUGCACGACGACCCGUCGUCGAGCGAUGACUCUGACUCGGACGGGCCGGAGGAGGAGCGCUUCGCCGACGUGUUCAUCGACUGGCUAUGGCUCAACAACGCACUGUGGGCCGUGUAGCCGGUCGCCGGGCCGCCGCCGGCUGCACCGCAAUGGCGCGCCGCCC